AAUGAAAGAAGCUGUAUUUAUUUCCGCCUUCCUCAUUUUUGCAACGUAUGGAAAUGUACUUAGAUCUUCUGUACUAACACCGCAGUCUUUACCCAAACCACGAAUUCUCAACGGUCAGCAAGCCACACUGGGACAGUUCCCUUGGCAAGUAGCAAUUCUGACAAUCAACUCUUUAUUAAACCAAACUACUUUCUGUGGCGGUGCUCUAAUUAGUGAAGAAUGGGUACUAACAUCGGCGCACUGCAUAGACGGUUCUGUCUAUUCCGUCGUUUAUUCGGGAACCGUUGACCUCAACGACCCUCAAAGAACCCUAUCGUUGGCAGAAACCCACAUAGUGCAUGAGAACUUCACCGUGGACUUUUUCUCCUACGAGUACGACAUAGGUUUGAUUAAACUAAACGAGCCUUUAAUUUUUGAUGAAACCACCAAGUCUAUUUCGUUGGCUGAAGAAGAACUAGAAGCUGGUACUGAAGUGACGAUCAGUGGUUUCGGACACACCUCCGGUGAAGAUGGAAACGACACCAAUACUCUUUUAAACUAUAUAGUCGUUCCAACGAUGAAUACGUCAGAGUGUGGAAGAUAUUUGUAUGAAGCUGAUACUCCGGGUAUUAUUUGCACGUUCUUUAAUAACGGGGAUGAUAGUGUGAUAUAUAAUCCCUGUAUUGGAGAUGGGGGCAGUCCUUUGGUUGUUGAUGCUGGUACUAACCCUGUACAUGUGGGAUCGUUCAGUUUUCUGUCAAGUUUUGGGUGUGACGCUAGUUAUCCUGCGGCACAUACAAGAACUGCGUCGUACCGUGAAUGGAUUAAGGAAAAAACUGGAGUAUAAGUUUUAGUUUUUUAUUUUUUAGUGUAAAUUAAAGUGAAAAAAUAAAGAAAAAAAUAUCUGUGAGGGUUUCUCCCCAUUGGAGUUAUCUCAGCUUAAUCAUGUGAUUAAUAGGCUUCGGAUCUUUGCUUUUUUAAAAUGCCAAAUUUAUCGUUAGAGACCUAAAGUGUUAAUUACACGACCUAACUGUAAAUUUUAAAAGGCUUAAAUAGGAUUUCACGACCAACGAAGCAUAAAAUAAUGGUCACUUUCGUUCGUGAGUAACGAUGGUCCGGACAUGAAUUAUUUUGCUUUCCAACAUCUUUCGAUCAAUUGUUCCGUAUAAAAAAUUUCAUCACUUUUUCAAAUAAAAUACUCUUAAAAAAAAGAUAUUGUUGUUGAGUGACAUGUAACUGGCAUAAUAAUAAAGACGUGCUAUUUUUGUUAA